AAGGCUUUUCAUUGGUCAAUGGGAGGACUGAAAGUUUUGGUGUUCUACUCUUUUGUUGAACUAUCAUAUAUUCCUAUCAAAGUGGAAGAGACAUCGGAUGUUUCCAAGAUUGGUCGAGUGCAGUAAUGGUAGAACGCAGACCCAUAUGGUCGACGGUGCCGGCGACCCCUGUCUGCUCCUCACUUCCGAUUCAAGGCCGCGCCUCCGCUGGACCACCGACCUCCACGACCGUUUUGUAGACGCCAUUACUCAGCUCGGCGGCCCUAGUAAAGCUACUCCAAAGGCCAUCCUGCGCACGAUGAGUGUAAAUGGACUUACUCUCUUCCAUUUGAAGAGUCACCUCCAGAAAUACAGGCUAGGUGAGCAAUCUCAGAAAGAUAUUUUGUGGGUUUCUACAGAUGAAAGGGCUUUCAACUGCAUACCCUUUAGAAAUUUCUGCUCCUCCAAACCUUCUCGCUCCAGACAGAAAUGAGGGUUACGGAGUCAAGGAGGCUUUGAGAGUUCAGAUGGAAGUUCAAAGUGAAUUGGACCUACAAGUUGAAGUAGAAAAGCGCUUGCAAAUUCGUGAGGAUGCACAACGAAGGUAUCUUACCAGCCUGCUUCAGGCUGCCUGCAAACUUUUUGCAGAUCAGAUUAUAGGAGACUCUGUCACAGACAAUGAGGGAGAAGAUUUUCAAGAGCGGAGUACAGAGACAGCACACAAUCAAUCUGCCAAGUGAAGCAUCCCCGACAGUUAAUCCGCAAUGGCAUGAUGGUUCCACUGAAAGCUGCCUGACAUCACAUGAGUGCCCUUCUUCGUUGUCUCUAGAAUCCUCAUCUCCCAGAGGAGUGAUACAAAGUUAUGACAUGGAUUUGGCAGCAGGUACAUUGUAUGGCAGGAAGCAGAUAUGAGAACUCCCAAUGUGCUUUUUAAAUGAUUAUUGUACAAGGAGAGAGAUCAUUAUUUAUUCUAUUUUCCAUCAUUUUAUUUUAUUAUCUAAGUUGAUGUAUGUCAUUAAGCUCAUAUCAGCUGCUGAUGAUACUAAACUGUGCCUGCUUAGCUCCCAUGCAUAUUACAUAUUUACUUAUUAACAUGUGAGUCAUGUGACUCAAGCUCAGCUCGACAAGGAUCCAGC